AUGACAAUUGAAUCUUAUUUGUCAAAGAAUGUUAAAGAUAUAUUAUUCAAACAGGAGUUUGAUAUUCAAUCUUGUUGUUGUACAAAAGAAAUAAUAGGUGGUGGUUCAAAACAACAACAACAACAACUUUCUCCUUCUCCUCAUCUUGCUGAUGCAAUGGUUCAACAUAUAUACAAACAUUUUGGCCAAGAACAUGAACAUGUGCAAACCAAUCUACUCGAAACUUAUUUGUAUACAUCCCACCUCGUACGAUACUAUGCUAAACAAUUGUCACCAUCUCACCAAACAACAUUAUAUCAACUUGAUCAAUCAGAUAAUAAUGAAUCUUCUUUUCACUAUUAUUUAUUAUUUGAUAAUGUUGAACAAGUUGAAAAGAAUUUAUUAUCAUUUUCAAAUAUUAUUAAACAACAAGAAUCUGAAUUUGAAUCAAAAUCAGAAUUAUUAUAUAUUGAAAGUUUAGUAUUUCUAUCAAUCUAUGAAAGAUUGAUUAAUCGAUUGAUAACAUAUGGUUGGUUCAUUAGAAAAAAGGAAAAUCCAACAUUGGUUCAACCAUUGAUACCUGGUAGAAUGUUACGAGAUUUAUUGGUUGAUGAAAAUUUAGAGUUUGUAAUUGGUGUCGAGUUGGUAACCAUACUAAAAGUUAUCAUUGGUCCACCUAUUGGAAUGAAUCUACGAAAUGUACUCUGGCAUGGUUUCAUGUCACCAACCGAAUUGGAUUCAUCCUUGAUCAUCUUUUUAUUAUCUCUUUUUCAUUCAAUCAUUUUAAAAUUUAAACAAACUCUUUUAAAUCAUUCAACAAAUCUUGAAUCUUUAAAUAUAGAUAAUAAUAAUCAAUUAUUUAAAACUGUAAAUUAUAAUCAAAAAUAUCAACAUUUAAUUUAUAAAUUUAAAGAUUAUAAUAAGUUUGAAUUAAAGGAAAUAUUUAAUAGAUUAAAAGAGAGUAAAUUUAUAAUUAAUGGUAGAGAAGAAUUAUGGAAGAUUGGAUUUAAUUAUUAUGAUUUGGAUCGAUAUUAUUCAUUGGUGACAUUGUUACCACAAUUGGAACAUUCUAUUAGAUGUUUGUUUGUAGAGACAAAUGGUUUGUCUGAUCAAUUUCUAGUGGCAGAUUAUAAAAGUUAUUAUACAACAUUGGAUAUUUUCAUGUCUGAACAAUUAUCAUUAUCAAAUGAACAAUUACAAAAGACAAUUAUCAUUGAUCAAAAAGAUAAUACAACAUCAUCAGUUUAUUAUAAAUAUGAUAAUCCAAAAUUUAAAGAUAAUAGUAAUAAUGAAAAGCUAGAGUCAGAGAAACAAGAUAUAGAUAAUCAAUUAAUUAAAACGUUGGGAGAUGAAAUUAUUGCAAGUUUAUUGGAUUUAUUUAUUUAUCCAGAUGGACCAAGAAUUAGAGAUAAAUUAUCACAUGGUGAAGUUGAUAUUAAAUCCAUUUCUUCAUUUAUUUUAAAUUUUACAAUUCAUACAAUCGAUUUAAUUUCUUUAAAAUUAAUCAAAAAAAAAUAUAAAGAAGAAAAAGAAAAAGAGGAAAAAGAAACUACUACUACUACGACAAUAGUUUCAUUAUUUAAUACAAUUUCAAUUGGAAAAUUAAAGAUGGAACAAUUAAAUCAAAAUAUAAAUCAAUUAAAAGAAUUUAAAGAAAAUUUGGAAAACCAAUGUAAACAUUUAAAAAAUGAACAAGAUUUGGAACAAGAAACAAAUCAAGAAAUUAAAAUCCUCUAUGAAUAUAUUGGAAAUAGAAAAUUGGAUUCUUUACUUGAUCCAAUAUUUGAAAAAGAACAAGAUAAAUUAAUAAUAUUAAAUGAUAAUAAUCUUUUUUAUCUUUAUCCAACAAUUAAAUAUUCAAAUCAUAUUCAAUCAAUACGUAAAAUCAUUGGAUGGUUAAUUAAAUUGGUAGAUUCAUAUUUGGAGAGUGGUAAAACACUUUAUCACAAUGCCGUCAACAAAUUAAACAAAAAUACAACUUCAUUUUAUAAAUGGUAUGGAUUGGUUGAUGCAUUUAUCAUUUUCAUUACAGUUAUUGGUAAUCAUAUUGGUAAAGAAUUAAUGUUAAAUGAUUCUUUAACCAUUCCCAUUCAAAUCACUAUGGCAACCACUAAAUUCUAUUCCAAAUUAUUUAUAUUGUUGGAGAAAUUAUUUAUCAAAACAAAAUCUAUGGAAUGGAAUACUGUAAAAGAUCAAAUAUUAAUUAUAUUUAAUCAUUUUUAA